AUGGCCAACCGUUACUCAACGUACUCGAACAAUUCCUCCCACGUCGGUGCUGCUCGAUCCGCGGCUCAGCAGCCAACGCAGGUCUCGACAACGACCCUGCUCAACUCUCUUCACACCGUCUACGCGUCAGGACAGACCUACCAGCUGGAUUCAUGCACGAGCGUCAGCGUCAACACCUGGCUGACCGCAGUCAACCCAGACGCCCAAGGCCGAGUAGGUGGCGUGGUUGAUGCCGAUCUCGUCUCAAGAGCAUGGGAACAUGCCAGGAGAAGAGCAGAGGAUGGCUGUAUAAUCCUAGGCUCGCUACACCCUUCGACGCCCUCGCUGUUUCAGGCCUUCUUACAAGUCGUGCCCUUGCCCACUCCAGAGGUCGCGUACGCAGCUCUGACGGCGCUCCGACCCUUUCUCUCGUGUGUAACGCCUUCCAACCCAACAACAUUUAGGCACUCUGCUCUCGCGGCCAAGUACACGGUCACUCUCGGCGGGACAGUGACCGGGUUUACCCUUGCCUUGUCAGGCUCGGGCAUUGACGUGGAGAAAGGUCUGCUCAGGAUCCCCUCCGAAUCUGGCUUUCGCGCGUUUGACGUCUUCUAUUACCUUUUAACGUCAGCAUCCACUCCGGCUGAGCGCGAGGUUUUGGGCCUACAACCACCGUCCAAAUACACGUUGUUGAACAGAUCCGGAUCCUACGAUCCGCCCAGCUACCUCCCAACGGCCGACGAUGCCGCGGCUGCAGAGGACUUUAGAACAGCUUUGAAGAGGAUUGGGAUCAAGGGCGCAGAUUUCCGUGGUCUACUGUCCUGUCUUGCCGGGUUGCUGAAGCUGGGAGAGACAAUUGGACUCUUGGUUGACGCGGAUGUGUUGGAAGAUACAUGCCAGGACAUAGGCGCUCUAAUUGGACUCGAGCCCGACGUUCUCGCCAAAAAAUGCACCACCGACGACCGCGAAGUGCUGAUCGCCAGCAUGUACGAAGCUUUGGUGGACUGGGUUCUGUCCAAGGCAAAUGAUGCCAUUGCUGCAGAACUCCGCUCAGGUGCUCUCACCCCUGAUUCCAGCACCGAGGCUGGUGAUGAGGUCAGUCUGACCAUCAUUGAAGUGCCUGGCCAGGCACUCGGGAAGGCUAUAGCUCUGCGGAGUGUUUUUGAUGACACCCAAGGCAUCAACGCCGAGAUGAAGGACGAUGGCGUCGAGGUCAUCUCCGCUGGCCAUUCGGUGUUGAACGAGACCAACACAGCUGUGGCAGAGGUGGAAGCUGAUUUGGGCAUCAAAGGCGGGCCCCUUAGCCGGGAAAGAGAGCACGACCGAGACCGAAGAGAGGGCAUCCUGCAGAAGAUUGGCGCCGAAGCCGAGGCUGGGGGUUUCCUGCGCACCUUGCUUUACCCAGUCGAUGGCGAAGGCCUCAACUUUGGUCGGAGAGGUCGCUUCGACCUUACUACUACUCUCGCUAGCAGCAGGGCAUGGUUUCAGCUCUCGAUCCACCCCACCGACGAUUCCCCGAGUACCCUGGCUGCCUCGCCGUCAGCAACCUCUGCAUGGUCUGCUGGGCCGGUGUCGAGACAAUUACGCGCAUGGAGACUCCCAGAAUGGGCGAACCAUCGCAACCGGCGACUCGAUUUCACAGCCGAUUUCGACGUGGAGGAGUUCGUGACGAGAUACUCCCGGCUCGGCUGCAAGGACGGCAAGGAUGGGAUCGAAACGUUCCUCCUAGAACGAGGGUGGACGAAUGGCGAAGUGAUCAUCGGGAAGGAACGCAUAUGGAUGCGUGAAUCAGCGUGGUGGGAAGCUGAGUCAAUGCUCGAUAUGAAAACCAUCAAGCAUGACUACCCCGAGAGCAACCCCUUUGCUGAACCACUCAACCCCUUCGCGUCGGGCUACUCGGCCAACCCGCCUCAUAACGGUAGCGGCUUCUUUCCACCAAUGGGCGACAAUAUGAGUGUCCAAGACAGCCGUGAGAACCUCCUGGGUGCCGCCGCUACAGAACGCGCGAAGUCGGUCGCGCCAACCAUGGCUCGGACGACUCAUACCAUCGGCGGUGAUUAUGGUCUCGGUCCCAAAGGUGACACGCAGAAGAACGAUUCAUAUUGGGACGCGGACCUCGGCCAUUACGUUGGAGGAAUGGACCCUGAGCUGGCUGAUCCUCGAAAUGUCCAGUCCGCAAAGACAUCCGCGGGCAGACAAGCCUGGGUAUCCCUUGUGUGGGCACUGACAUUCUGGAUCCCGUCGGUCUUCUUGCGCUAUAUUGGCCAGAUGAAGCGACCCGAUGUCCGCAUGGCGUGGCGCGAGAAGUUGGUCUUGGUGUUUCUCAUUUUCUUGCUGAACGGCGUCAUUAUCUUCUACAUCAUUGAGUUUGGGCGGUUGUUGUGUCCGAACUUCGACAAGGCCUGGAACGCCAAAGAAGUUGGCUUCCACACCGGCACGAAUGACUACUACGCCAGUAUUCGGGGCGGCGUGUACGACUUUACGAAAUUCUACAAAACCCAACACAGCGACACCUCCAUCAAAACCACCGCGGAGAACAUGCUGCCUCUUGCUGGUAUGAAUCUCGACGCCUACUUUCCACCGCCCUUGAGCCGCGCCUGCCCGGGCCUGAACGUCGACGAAAGUGUGCUCCUCCAACACAACGACACGAGUGCUGUUCUGUUUCCCACCGCCCUCCACACCUCUGGGCAUCGGUAUCAACCUAAUCAGCAAUCCAAACUCUAUUCCUGGGACUGGUACAGCGACGACUUCCUCCCCAAGAUCAAGGAAUACUACAAGGGAGAUCUCGUCGUGACCAAGGCGAGCAUCAAAAGUCAGGCCGAGAACGACCAAAGGCAGUGGGUGGUCAUCGACAAGAAGAUCUACGAUUUGACUGACUAUUUCUACACCCUGGACGUCAUGAACAAUUUUGUAACCUACAAAUUCCUGCCCGACGAGGUUACCGAGCUGGUGCAGACCAAUGCCGGUUCCGACAUCACCAGUCUAUGGGGUACCAGUGCUGCGUUCCAGAACAGUCUGAACUGCAUGAACAAUGCAUUCUACGUGGGCAAGGUCGACUUCCGAGAUUCCGCCAAGUGUCAAGUCAACAACUAUCUCCUUCUGGCCUUCACCCUGAUUCUGUGUGCUGUCAUUCUGAUCAAAUUUUUGGCAGCUCUCCAGCUGGGCUCCAAACGUCGACCGGCUCCGCAGGACAAGUUCGUCAUCUGCCAGGUUCCAGCGUACACUGAAGGUGAAGACCACCUUAGGAAAUCGCUCGAUUCUCUUACUGCUCUUCAGUACGACAACAAGAGGAAGCUUAUCUGCGUCAUCUGCGACGGCAUGAUCGUUGGAGGCGGCAACGAUCGGCCUACCCCGAAGAUCGUGCUCGACAUCCUCGGCGUUGACCCUAAGAUCGAUCCUCCCGCUCUGCCCUUUCGGUCUGUCGGCAACGGCAGUGAGCAACUGAAUUACGGCAAGGUCUACUCCGGACUGUACGAGUACGAGGGCAACGUGGUCCCUUACAUUGUGAUCAUCAAGGUCGGGAAAGAGUCCGAGCAAACCAAGUCCAAGCCCGGCAAUCGUGGUAAGCGAGACUCGCAGAUCUUGCUCAUGCAGUUUUUGAACCGUGUCCAUCACCGGUCCCCCAUGUCACCUCUCGAGCUCGAGAUCUUCCACCAGAUCAACAACAUCAUCGGCGUGGAUCCUGAGUUGUAUGAGUACCUUCUGAUGGUGGAUGCCGAUACUAUGGUCAAAGAGGAUUCACUCAAUCGCCUGGUGGCCGCCUGUGCCAACGACGCGAAGAUCGCAGGUAUAUGUGGUGAGACGAGCUUGGAGAAUGAAGAGCGGAGUUUGUGGACCAUGAUUCAGGUCUACGAAUACUACAUCUCGCAUCAUCUCGCCAAAGCUUUCGAGUCCUUGUUUGGCAGCGUCACCUGUUUACCCGGAUGUUUCUGUAUGUACCGGCUUAGAACGGCCGACAAGGGACGACCCCUGAUCAUCUCCGACAAGGUCAUCACCGAGUAUGCCGACUGCGAGGUCGACACGCUGCACAAGAAGAACCUCCUCUCGCUCGGCGAAGAUCGAUAUCUGACGACACUGAUGACGAAGCAUUUCCCGCAAAUGUCAUACAAGUUCAUUCCCGACGCUUACGCCCUCACUGCCGCCCCGGAGUCGUGGUCUGUCCUGCUCUCGCAGAGAAGACGAUGGAUCAACUCGACCGUCCACAAUCUUGCCGAGUUGGUCUUCUUGAAAGAUCUGUGCGGUUUCUGUUGUUUCUCGAUGAGAUUCGUCGUCUUCAUCGAUUUGUUCGGCACGUUGAUCCUGCCUGCAACAUGCGCCUAUCUCGGCUAUCUCAUCUACAGAGUCGCUUCCCAUACGGGCCAAUUUCCUCUUAUCUCCCUUGUUAUCAUCGCGGCUGUGUACGGUCUCCAGGCCAUCAUAUUCAUUAUCAAGCGACAAUGGCAGCACGUGGGCUGGAUGAUCAUCUACAUCUUGGCAUAUCCGAUCUACAGCUUCGUUUUGCCGGUCUAUUCGUUCUGGAACCAAGACAACUUCUCCUGGGGUAACACGAGAAUCGUCAUCGGCGAGAAAGGAGACAAGAAGGUUGUGGCUAUCCAAGAUGAAGGAUUCGAUCCUCGUUCGAUUCCGUUGCAAAGGUGGGACGACUACGCCGCUGCAAACAACCUUCCUGGUCGUCGUGGCAACCCGGGUGCAUACCCCGAGAAAGGAUUCGAGUAUGGCUACACUGAUGACCCCGCCAUGAUGGAGAUGGACGACAUGCACUCGACAUACUCGUCUGUGAAACCUGCGAGCACCAUUUUGGCUGGGUUUCCUCAGCAGCAAGGCCCAUAUAUGGCCCCGCCACGAUCAGCCACACCCAUGGGAAUGGGUAUGGGCAUGAACAAUCGCGCUAGCACCAUGACCGGCCUGACCAACUUCAAAGAUCAGCCAGUCAGUCUUCACGGACGGAACAUGUCCAUGUUGUCUUUGGGAAGUCAAGCUCGCCUGGCCAAAUCUCCAUCGCCUCAACCCUUGCCCUACCAGGACCACCUCAACCGCAGCCGCAGCCCUUACCAAGGCGGUCUCCCACAUUCCGCAUCUCGGCCGUCCCUUUUGAACAUUGCAAGCCGCCCGGCCUCGACAGUCAUGGACUUCCGGACCGUACCUUCUGCUGGCCCGAGUGAUCAAGACAUCAUCAUUGCGAUCCGCGCCGUCUUGAUGGAAGUCGACCUUGACAAGGUCACCAAGAAGCAAGUCAGAGCAUUGGUGGAGCAAAGACUGCAGUGCGAGGUGCCUGCGGGCGAAAGGCGGACAUUCUUGGAUAGGGCCAUUGACGGGGAGUUGGCGAACAUGUAG